GUGUGUGUGUGUGUGUGUGUGUGUGUGUGUGUGUGUGUGAUGUGAGUCAGAUAGAGAGAAAAAGAAAGCAAAUUAAAGGGACGUGUGUGUGGGACUUGAGAGUGUGAGGAAGGAGUUCCCGAAGUUUUCAAAGAGGGCGGCACACAUCGUACUUCUGGAUGUGUUUGCAGAGCCUCAUGAUACACACGCCAACAUGCACGCUGUCGUUCAGGUUAAGAGGCAGGCACGCACAUGCAUGUUGGUUCACGAGCAGAGGUGUCUCUUGUCAUGUUGGUGUUUCAUUAACUUAACUCCCUCUGUCUAAUGGUGGACUUUGGACCUGAAGGAAAGGAGAGGCUGGAAGAGAAGAGAAGAGAAGAGAAGAGAAGAGAAGAGAAGAGAAGAGAAGAGAAGAGAAGAGAAGAGAAGAGAAGGACAACAAGAACGGAGUAGAAAAAUCAAUGGGCAAACCAAAACUUCCAGUUGAGGAGAUGGAGUGAAGCGAGCCAGAGAGUCACACAGGACAAGACAGUGACUGGACAUGGGCAGAGAGCGACUCACCCUGGGGUUGCUGCUGCGUUUGGGUAUUCUGCUCACUACUGUGUAUGUGUGUGUUCAUGUUUACCUGGACACAAGUUGGCGGAGAGCACCUGCACCCCUGGCAUUUGAACAUCCCAUCCAGUCUAGGCAGAACUUGGGGCAACAAAGCAGAACCAAGCGGGUCUCUGCAGAGACAGAGGAGCAGGACAGGAGCAUUAAAAGGAGAAUCUCCUACGUCCGAACACUGAAGAAGGACGGUCCAGCUAAGAAGAGGGAUGAAAACAGAGAGGCCCCCUCAUCUCCUCUCCACCCACACAGAAAGACUCCUCGGUGGCACAUAGACCUGGAGCCGUGGGCCAGUGAGAGUCAUUCUCUGGAGGAAGAAGCUAAGAGGUUCCUCAGCUACAUCACAACACCACAAGUGUCAUGUUCACCAUUGGCUGGUGAAGAAGCUGCUCAAGAGGGGUCCAAGGGGACCACGGGUGCCUGGGUUGUGUGUCUGGACCCUAAGUACAGCCUGGCUCACAGGAUACAAAGCAAACACUGCAGGAUUUACUCUUUUGGGUUGGGGGUGGAUGACCGGUCCCUGGAGCGUUUCCUCGCCCGGUCAGGGUGUGAGGUCCACUGCUUCGAUCCCAGCUUGAAGCAGCCUCACCUGCAGCAGGCUGAAAUGUGGCUCCACCGGCUCUCUGUGGACUGGAGGGAUCCAAGCCCCGCCAUCGUCGCCCAGCGUCAGUAUGCCAACACCAAGAAACUGGCCACCAUCCUGAACGACUUUGGACACAGACAGGUGGAUGUACUGAAGGCAGAUAUGGAGAGCGCAGAGUGGAAGAUUCUGGAGAAUCUGCUUCUGGAGGGAGUUCUGGACUCAGUGGGUCAGCUGCUGUUGGAGCUUCACCUGCACUGGGCGGGUUUUGAGGUGGCCGGCGAUGACCCGUCCGUGGUGCGGUACUGGUUCAGCCUGCUCAAGGAGCUGGAACGCAACAACUUCCGCCUCUUCCACGUGCAAAACGAUCCAGCCAAACCGCACCUCUUCCUGCAUAAGAAUGUCCUCAAUGCCAGCAGUGCAUACACCUUGAGCUGGGUGAACACACAGUGGAAGCCUUGAGGGAUACCAGACAGGUGUAGCCAAAAACUAGAACUUGGCAGGGUCGGCAUCUGAAUUGAAAUGCGCAAGUUUGUGUAGCAUGAAAUUUUCAGAGUGAGCACAUAUUCUUGCUACAGCACGACUGUUCUCCAACAGACUGUUCUUAUCUGGUUUGACCUUUUUGUAAAGCUAAAAUCCCUGCUCCUACUUAUCGUCCUGCUCUCCCUCUCCUGGCCUGUAAUGACCUCAGUCGUGUAGAGGGGCAGAGUAAUUGCCUCCAGAGGCUCUCUGUGUUCUACCUCAUAGAGACUGUGUUGUUGGCUGCAGGUCAGCCUCUGAGUCACACUCACCCAUGUCAUCAUGGUCCUGUCUGAACUUGGCUCACAGCCAGACGCUCCUGCCUGGUAUCAGACAACUUAAGUCUACACAGAACCAGAGACUGCAGCUACUCAAAAUAGUACAUGAAUUUAAGGAAAUGGAUAUACGUUGUCAAAGGGGUUGAGGUAGAUGAAAAGAGACGAGAUCUGUGGAAGAUGAUAACUGUCUGGACGAAUAGGCGCUUCCCUGCAGUUGAACCUAGUAUGACCGUUAAAAAAACACAAAACGCAACAAUGAUAUGAAGAACUGCACUGUAAUGUCUCUAGACUUGUACACAGUGUGUUGAUGGAUAUUUGAAUGAGCAUGAGUGGGCGAAAAUGAGCGAAAAAGACAUAAAGGAAAGAUGAGAAAGAGAACUCAUUAUUAUUAUUAUUAUUUUGCAUAUUGCAGUUCCCUGUGUUAUAAUAGAAAACUAUUCAGAUCUACACAAAGAAGCAUUUUGUGUAACUGUCAGGUCUUUUUAUCCUCCCUUGUUCAUCUGGUGUUCAAUUGGC